AUGUCCUCGGCCCUUAACGCGAUCAAGAUUCGUCGCAAGAAAAAUGUCAAGAAGGGUAUCCAAUUCUGCCUGAUGGUCUGCGGUGCCAGCGGGACCGGGCGUACUACCUUCGUCAACACUUUGUGUGGAAAGAAAGUUCUCGAGGGCAAGGAUGCCGAUGAUGCUGCCAAUGCCCACGUUGAGGAAGGCGUUCGCAUUAAACCGGUCACAGUUGAGCUAGAGUUGGAUGACGAAGGCACUCGAAUUUCUCUCACUAUCGUUGAUACCCCAGGCUUCGGUGACCAGAUAGACAAUGAAGCCAGGCAUUACGACGAUAUUCUUGCCGAAGAGUCACGAAUCAAGCGAAACCCUCGUUUUAGGGACAACCGUGUCCACGUUCUCCUGUACUUCAUCACACCGACUGGCCAUGGCUUGCGUGAAUUGGAUAUCGAAUUGAUGAAGCGCCUUUCUCCCCGUGUCAAUGUGAUCCCGGUUAUCGGAAAGGCCGAUUCUCUUACCCCCGCCGAAUUGGCGGAAUCGAAGAAGUUGAUCAUGGAGGACAUUGAACACUAUCGUAUCCCUGUUUACAACUUCCCUUACGAUAUUGAAGAGGAUGAUGAAGACACCGUGGAGGAAAAUGCUGAGCUACGUGGGCUUAUGCCCUUUGCCAUUGUUGGCUCUGAAGACUUCGUGGAGAUUGAUGGUCGGAAAGUACGGGCCAGACAAUAUCCAUGGGGUGUGGUGGAUGUUGAGAACCCUCGGCACUCUGAUUUCUUGGCCAUCCGAAGCGCUCUUCUCCACAGCCACCUUGCUGAUUUGAAGGAAAUCACCCACGAUUUCCUCUAUGAAAACUACCGUACUGAGAAGCUUAGCAAGAGUGUUGAUGGUGCUACUUCUGGUACCCAUGAUUCGUCCAUGAACCCCGAAGACCUAGCAAACCAAUCUGUCAGACUGAAGGAGGAACAGCUCCGCCGUGAGGAGGAGAAGCUUCGCGACAUUGAGCUCAAAGUGCAGCGUGAGAUCGCGGAGAAGCGUCAAGAACUGUUGGCUCGUGAAAGCCAGCUGAGGGAGAUCGAGGCGCGCAUGGCGCGCGAAUCGAGCCAGACGGACGGGGCCAAUGGAGAUGCUUAA